AGAAUAUACGGAAGUGAAAUCAGCGUUGUGUCAGCUGAUUUAGUUUAUAAAAAGAAGAGGCAGCUGUAGGAACUCGGACGUCUUUUUGCGCAUUUGGAAGAAGGCAGAGCACAAUGCAGCCCGUGCCACUGGUCACCCUGCUCAGUGUGCUGGGCCUGGCCUGCUCUCUGGACAAUGGGCUGAUGAGAACCCCACCCAUGGGCUGGCUGGCCUGGGAGCGCUACCGGUGCAACACGGACUGCACCAACGAUCCAGACAACUGCAUCAGCGAGCACUUGUUCAAGGCGAUGGCAGACAGGCUGGCAGAGGACGGCUGGAGAGCGCUGGGGUACGAGUACGUGAACAUCGACGACUGCUGGGCCUCCAAGAAACGAGAUGCCCGGGGCAGGCUGCAGCCGGACCCCAAGAGAUUCCCCAGUGGGAUCAAGGCACUCGCUGACUAUGUCCAUGCGAAGGGGCUGAAGCUGGGGAUCUACGGGGACGUGGGUCUGUACACGUGUGGGGGGUACCCCGGCACCACUCCGGACAUGGUGCAGAUCGACGCAGAGACGUUUGCAGAGUGGGGAGUGGACAUGCUCAAGAUGGACGGCUGCUAUUCCAACGACUCCAUGAAAGCAGAAGGAUAUCCGAAGAUGAGCGCGGCUCUGAACGCUACAGGGAGGCCCAUCGCUUACUCCUGCAGCUGGCCAGCUUACCAGGGAGGCCUCCCCCCACGGGUGAACUACACCCAGCUGGGCGAGAUCUGCAAUCUGUGGAGAAACUACGGGGACAUCCAGGACUCGUGGGACGACGUUCUCAAUGUGAUCGACUGGUUCGGGGAGAACCAGGAGGUGCUCCAGCCCGCAGCGGGGCCAGGCCACUGGAACGACCCCGAUAUGCUGAUAAUCGGUGACUUUGGGCUGAGCUACGAGCAAUCCAAGGCUCAGAUGGCUUUGUGGGCCGUCCUGGCAGCCCCCCUCUUCAUGUCCAAUGACCUGAGGAGCAUCUCGGACAAGGCCAAAGACAUCCUGCAGAACCAGAUGGCCAUUUCCAUUAACCAGGACCGGCUGGGACUACAAGGAGUGCGCAUGCUCAAGGACAGUCACUUCGAGGUGUGGAAGAGGACCCUGUCUAAGGGAGAGUACGCCGUGGCUUUCCUGCUCACUGCUAAUGACGGCACGCCCCGGCCGUACCUGGCUAACCUGGCCAAGCUCUACAUCGUGGACUGCCGGCUCGGGUACAAGGUGUACGACGUCUUCGACUCCAACUUCCUGGGCAUCUUCACCCUGAUCGACGUCAUCUACCUGAAGAUCAAUCCCUCGGGGGUGGUGCUGCUGCACAUCUCUCCCCUCUGUGUGUAGAGAGAUGCGUCCCGACAACAGCGCAGUCUUUCACCGAUUUAAAAAAUAUUGAUAAAGCUACUGUAAAUUUACAUAAGCAGCCACUAAUUUUGCAAGACACAUACAGUGCAAUGUAUAAAUGCCAAGCUGAGGGGGGUUUAAAGCACUAUUGUAUAGAUGUUGGCAGCUGCCAGAAACACUGCGAUGGCCACAGUGCCCAGUUGUCAAUUCUUUUCUUUUUUGCAAAUCAAGCGAAGGGUACUUUCAAACUCACAAUCUCUUUGAAGCGUGCACCAUGAUACAGUGUAAUGAUUACAUGACUGAAACAGUGAUGGAUGCUUGAAGCCAGAUUGAGGGACUGCAUUCCUGCUUGGUGGGAUUGCACUAAACGUUUCCUAGAGAUAGUAGUUGCUGUUUUUUUUUAUGUGUGAUGAAGCAAAUUAAAACUGUGUUUUAUGACAGUAUUGGCACCAAACUUUCCAAAGUGUGAUCUCUGUACGUGAUUUGCAUUGCUCUGUGACUGAUGUGUCAAGUAAAAAACAAUCCAGUGUCA